UAUAAAAACCUCAAGGUCAAGGCUGGAACUAAACGGAUAAACACAGAGAUACCAAUAAAGCAAUGGCAGCAUUGGAGGUUCCCACCUCUUCAGCACCCCCAGUCACCACCGGGAACACAUCAUCACAAAUGGAUUCGUGUGAAGGCCUGAAAUGCUACAUGGUCUUGACCGAGGUGGAGACGAAAGUCAUCAGCUCCAUGUGUUUCCUGUUCGGUCCUUUGACACUGCUGGAGAAUGCUCUUGUGCUGGGGGUGAUCACUGCCACGGCCAUGCUGCGCCAACGGCCUUCCUAUCUCUUCAUUGGCAGCCUUGCCCUGGCUGAUGUGUGCGCCAGCUGCUUCUUCACUACCAGCUUCCUGAGCUUCCACCUGUUUCACCACAGAGAUGGCCGCACUGCCUACCUCUUCCAGCUGGGCGGAGUCACCAUGGCCUUCACUGCCUCGGUCGGGAGCUUACUGCUGACUGCCUUAGACCGCUACCUCUGCAUCUACCAGGCCUCCAGCUACAAGGUGUUGCUGACACGCCGCAGAGCCCUGCUAGGCCUGCUGGCUCUUUGGAGUACUACCAUCAUCAUCUCCUUCUUGCCUCUGAUGGGCUGGACGUGUGCCACAAACUUCAACCCGCCCUGCUCUCGCCUCUUCCCCUACAUCAACAAGAGCUACCUGAUCUUUUGGACCAGCUUCAUUCUGGUGGUUCUGGCCCUUAUCUUGGGUGCUUAUGCUCUGAUCUUGUGGAAGGCCCACCGCCACGUAGCCUCCAUGAGCAGACUACAGGGAACAACAGUGAAAGGCCAGGCCCGCAUGAGGAUGGAUAUCCGUCUAGCACGUACCUUUGGUCUGAUACUGCUCAUACUUAUCGUGUGCUGGUUCCCUGUACUCUGCUUCAUGCUAGCUGAUGUCUCUGUGCGUCUGACCGACCCCCAGAAGAGGGUCUUUGCUUUCUGCAGCGUCCUCUGCCUGGCCAACUCAUCGGUGAAUCCAUUGCUUUACGCCCUGCGCUGCAGAGAGCUCAGGAUUGCUCUGCUGCAGCUGCUGGGGGGCCUGAAAUGCCAAAAAUCCAUGGAGAACUCAAGCCCAGGACUACACUCAGGAGAAGACAACAGCUAUACUGCUUUCUCUGAGGGUGACGGGCCCGUGACUGCAAGCACCCAAGUUAACUCAGUCUCAAUAAGGGUGGAUAUGCCGUACAUGAACGCUGGGAAAUGAGAGGGUUGCCAGAUAUAUCAGAGUAGCUAUGUAGUUAGAGUAAGCUCUGUGUUUGUGACAGUGUGCUGAUGGUAAAGGGAGGCACUAAAGAUUAGGUAAUACAGUGCAAUAAUUCAAACUAAUCAUAAUAACAAAAUAUGUGUCACCAGAAGAUUUGCUGUAGAAUAAGAACAAAUUAUGUAGACUUUAAGACUAGGAUUCAUUGCUGACAAAUGAUUAGUGCUUAGUGAAUAACCUUCCUUUUUGAACAAGCUUUUUUGUGGUAUAGGCUCUAAAAUAGUAAGCCUUGAGGACUGCUUGUGAAACGUACAUAGGGCAGGAUUAGGAUGUCUACAAAAUGAGGGAAAUAUCCUUUUUGAAAUUACAACACUUGAGAGACAGUGCUGUUAAAACAUAUGUGCACAGAAAUAUUAACCUGGGGGAUUUCCUGAGUAUAACCAAAGUAUUGCACGUUUUCUCAUUAAAUUAUCAUUUUUGCAAUGAAGAGAUAUUGUGAAGGAGUAUUAUCAAAUAUGGUUGAUUAAGGAUGCAGUGCACUAGAAUCCAGAUCAGUGUUAAGAAACCCUCUGUUCCCCAGUUGUUGUUAAAGGCCGAGCAACAUCUUUAGUUGUUUGUUGAGCUGAUGUGUUGUGACCCUGCGGCACCUCCCCUCUAACCUUUUGCCCUCUCUGCCUCCCAUGCCAGUGCAUUAGCGCGCUCACAACGAUGAAAUAUUGUCUCCUCUGAACUGAACUGCUGACUUUUGGGUUCAACACACAAGAGGGAGGUGGAUGUGUCCGUAUGCUUGUUUGUGUUGAAGUGUUUGUCCCUGAGCAGGCAGUAAAAGAGGACCCUGUGGUUUGCCUAGCUGUCCAUGAAUACAAGGACAUUACAAAAGCCCUAUGCAUGGGAGGAUUUUACACAAUGUUCGCCGCAUGCGAGUACAAGCAGCGUGCCGAGGUAAGAGGGGCACAUGCCAGGAAGAGAACGAACCCAAACCACAGACACUGGAACACUCUUUGCAAUAGUAACAACUGGCAGCUACGGUGAAAUACACACUGACAUGAGCUCACAAGCACGCGGGCACACAAA